CUCAAGAAAUGGCGAGGCUGUGGGAUGAGUUCAAUAUGCAUACUUGUUUCAACAUUCAAGGAUCAGCAAAAGAAGAUGAAGGCAAACAAGACUAUAAUGUUUUCUUUCUCUAUUUCUAUCUGCAGCCAGUCAAUCUCUGUUUUUCUCCUUCCAUUUGUGUUGCUCAUCUUCUUUCUUCCGCCAUCUUCACCAGCUCCUCCCAAUCACAAUGGGCUCUACAGGGACUCGCAGCAGCUAUUAUCGUUCAAAGCUACCAUUUUUAACCAAACACCAUUUCAGAACUGGGUAUCAUCCUCCACAAAUCCCUGUAGCUUCACUGGUAUUACAUGCAAAGGAUCAAGGGUCUCUUCUAUAAAUCUCACACACACUAUGCUCAGCAUAGAUUUUGGGAUGGUUUCUGCUUACUUGCUCAGUCUUGAAAACCUGGAGAGCCUUGUGUUGAAGAAAGCCAAUCUCAGUGGCUCACUCGCUUCUGCCUCAAAAUCCCAAUGCGCUGCUUCUUUGAGGUACAUAGAUCUAGCUGAAAACUCCAUCUCAGGGCCUGUUUCUGAUAUCUUUAGCCUUGCUCGUCAGUGCUAUAAUCUUAAGUUGUUGUCUCUGAAGGGUAAUAAAUUAUCAGGAAAAAUUUGGGAAUUGAGGUUUAUGAAUUUGUCAUAUUUGGACCUUUCUGCCAAUAAUUUCUCUGAAAAUUUUCCUCCAUUUCAAGACUGCUCUAGUUUACAACAUCUUGAUUUAUCAUCCAACAAGUUUAGUGGUAAUAUUGAUGCCUCCCUUUCUUCAUGCUCCAACCUCAGUUUCCUCAAUCUCUCCAACAAUAAACUCUCUGGUGAGUUGCCUGUUGAAACCCUACUAAAUUUGACUAGCUUGAAGACAUUGGUUUUAUCAUUCAAUUAUUUUGUUGGUGGCUUGUCUGAGUCAUUUUCUAGCUUGGUAAACUUAGAGACCUUAGAUUUGAGUUCUAAUAAUGCGUCUGGUUUGAUACCCUCUGGGAUUUGUAAAGACCCUAAGAAUAGCUUGAAAGUGUUGUACCUUCAGAAUAACCUGUUUACUGGUCCAAUACCUGAAAGUCUAAGUAACUGUUCCCAAUUGGAAUCUCUUGAUCUUAGCUUUAAUUACCUUAAUGGGAAGAUACCAUCUGGCCUCGGGUCCUUGUUGAAGCUUAAGGAUUUGAUAAUUUGGAUGAAUCAGCUUGAAGGGGAAAUCCCAAGGGAGCUAAUGUACUUGCAGUCUUUGGAAAAUCUGAUUCUUGAUUUCAAUGAAUUGUCAGGGUCAAUGCCUGAAAGUCUCAGCAACUGUACUAAUUUGAAAUGGAUUUCUUUGUCGAAUAAUUUGUUGAGUGGUGCUAUACCAGUUUCAUUAGGGACCUUGUCUAAUCUAUCCAUUCUAAAGUUGGGAAACAACACCAUCUCUGGGAACAUACCUGCUGAGUUGGGACAUUGCCGCAGCUUGUUAUGGUUGGAUCUCAACACCAAUUUCUUGAACGGUACUAUCCCACCCGCUCUGUUCUUACAAUCUGGCUUUAUUGCAACGCCAUUACUUACUGAGAAGCAAUAUGUGUAUAUUAAGAAUGAUGGAAGUGAGCAGUGCCACGGAGCAGGAAAUAUACUCGAAUUUGGUGGGAUUACACAGGAUCGCCUUGACAGGAUUUCAAUGAGGAACCCCUGCAAUUUUACUAGAGUCUACGAGGGCAUUACACAACCAACAUUUAACCACAACGGAUCCAUCAUUUUUCUUGACCUUUCUUACAAUAAGUUGGAAGGCAGUAUUCCAAAGGAAUUAAGUUCCAUGUACUAUCUCUCUAUUCUGAAUUUGGGGCAUAAUGAUCUCUCUGGUCCAAUACCUCAAGAACUUGGAGACUUGAAGAAUUUUGCAAUUCUUGAUCUGUCGCACAACCAACUCAAUGGCUCAAUUCCACAGUCAUUGACCAGCCUCACAUUUCUUGCGGAUAUUGAUCUGUCAAAUAACCACCUUUCUGGAAUGAUACCUCAAUCAGCUCCUUUUGACACAUUUCCAGAUUAUAGGUUUGCUAAUAAUUCUGGCCUUUGUGGAUACCCCCUUGCUCGGUGCGUUGCAGAAUCAAAUUCAAGUUCAAGUUCUAAGCCUAGCAGAUCAAAGAAAAAGCAUUACAUCAUUAUACCUUGUGCUGUAAUUGCAGGAGUACUUAUUGGGUUAGUAAUUCUGUUACUUGUGUUCAGACGUGGAGUGGAAGGGAGAGAGGACAAUGAUGAAGAAGAAUGGAGUAUCAUUUCACUUCAAAGGUUGGAAUUCAAUAAAUGGGAAAUCUUGGCCAGUCUGACAGAUGAAAAUUUGAUUGGAAAAGGAGGGUCGGGAAAAGUAUAUAGAGUGAUCACAAGGCAAGGCCAAAGUGUUGCAGUUAAAAGUAUAUGGGAUGAACAAAAGCCAGGCCACGGGUUGGAGAAACAAUUCCUAGCAGAGGUUAAGAUCCUUGGGGAGAUUAGGCACUACAACAUAGUGAAACUGUUGUGCUGCAUCAAAGGAAAGAAGAAAAGGCUUCUUGUGUACGAAUACGUGGACAAUCAAUGUCUUUAUAAAUGGUUGCAUGGAAAGAAGAAAGGUUUAACAUUUGUUGAAAGUUCUACUCAGGUCUUGCACUGGGAGAGAAGGCUAAAAAUUGCCAUUGGAGCUGCACAAGGGCUUUGCUAUAUGCAUCAUGAUUGCAAUCCACCCAUUGUUCAUCGAGAUAUCAAGUCCAGUAACAUUCUCGUCGACUCUGACUUCAAUGCCAAGAUUGCAGACUUUGGACUGGCAAAGAUGAUGGCGAGUGAAGGAGAUCCAGAAACAGCAUCUGCUGUUGUGGGAACCUUUGGUUACAUUGCCCCUGAGUAUGGCAACACAAGAAAAGUGAAUGUUAAGAGCGACAUCUAUAGCUUUGGUGUAGUACUCUUGGAAUUGGCAACUGGAAAAGAAGCUGUUACUAGAGAUGAGGACAUGAACCUAGCACAAUGGGCACACAAACACCAAAGAGACGGAAAUUCAGCUGUAGAUGUCCUGGACAAGGAGAUUAAGGAUCCACGUUAUUUGGAGGCAGCAACCACCGUUUUCAAAUUAGGCCUUGCGUGUACUUUGAGUUCACCUUCAAGCAGGCCAUCCAUGAAAGGCAUUUUGCAGAUUCUUCAAAGAUGUAGUGACAAUAGCCAUUUGUUAUCACACAUCACUACCCGAGGAUAUGCACUGGAUAAGUCCCGCCUUGUGAUCCUAACCGGCAAAGGACCACAGGAGCCUCUUCAUCAUGCCUUCUUAUUCCUCAUCCUCCUUUUUUCCCAAGCAAAUUCAGAAUCUUCAACCACUGAAAGGGCUAUUUUACUUAGCCUAAACCAACACUGGGGAAAUCCAUUUGACCAAUGGAACUCCACUUCCUGGCCGUGCGAGUGGCCUUAUAUUUCAUGCGUCCAAGGAAGCGUCACAGAGAUAUCACUCCCCGGAAUGGAAAUUGGAUCAUUCCCCUCAACCAUUAUAUGCCAGCUCAAAAACCUUACUUCAAUCAAUUUCAGUACCAAUAGUCUCAAUGGAACUAUACCAGCUAGUCUCUCCAGCUGCUUAAAGCUUGAAACAUUGAGUCUGAACACGAAUUCUUUGACAGGAAAAAUACCAGGUGAGUUGUUCUCCAUGAAAAGGCUGCGUUGGUUAAGUCUUCGCCAAAACAAGCUGUCCGAGAUGCCAACACCCUUGGUGCCUAACAGCUUGGAAUAUCUUGAUCUUUCAAGUAACCAAUUGAAUGGAUCAAUACCUGAUGAUAUAGGAAAUUUAUACAAUCUGCUCUCCCUAGAUCUGUCCAUGAAUUCUUUUAGUGGCCCAAUACCUGCCAGAUUGCUAGGAUUGCAUAAACUGACUCAUCUUUCACUUGCUUUUAAUAGUUUGACUGGUGAAAUACCUGGAAAACUGGAUUUAUUUUAUCUGAAUGACUUAGAUCUUUCUCAUAAUCAUCUUAGUGGAGCGAUUCCAAACGGUUUUGGAGAAUUACUGGAAUUGAAUUCUAUGGAUGUAUCUCAUAACCAGUUAUCUGGAGACAUAUGGGAAAGUGUUAGCCAUCUGGGGGCUACACUGAAGCUUAGUAUUUGUAUGAACAACCUUUCUGGAAGAAUCCCUAAUAAACUAGUGAAUGGAAGAUUUACAUUUACCUGCUUUGAUCAAGCUAAUAUAUGUUCAGAUGUAUUAACUGAGGGAUUGCAACCAUGCUCUUCAGAUCGGUGUUCUGAUUAUACAAUUCGACAAUACAUGAAUUGCAGUUCCAUGCCUAGUAAAUCAAAGAAAAAGAGUUACAUCAUUAUAACUUGUGGUGCAAUUGCAGGGGUACUUAUUGGGAUAGUAAUCCUGUUACUCGUGUUCAGACAUGCAGGGGAAAGGAGAAAGAAAAAUGAUGGAGAACAAUGGAGUGUGAUUCCAUUUCAAAGGUUGGAUUUCAAUAAAUGGGAAAUUUUGGGUGGUUUGACAGAUGAAAAUUUGAUUGGAAAUGGAGGGUCAGGAAAAGUAUAUAGAGUGAUCACCAGGAAAGGCCAGAGAGUUGCUGUUAAAAGUAUAAGGCAUGAACAAAAGCAAGGGCAGGGAUUAAUGGAGAAACAGUUCCUAGCGGAGGUUAAGAUCCUUGGGAGAAUCAAGCACAACAACAUAGUGAAGCUGUUAUGUUGCAUCAGAGGGAACACUACAAAGCUUGUUGUGUAUGAAUACAUGGACAAACAAUGCCUUCAUAAAUGGUUGCAUGGAAAGAAGAAAUGCUUAACUGCUCAAGUCUUGCAGUGGGAGAGAAGGCUAAAAAUUGCCAUUGGAGCUGCACAAGGCCUCUGCUAUUUGCAUCACAAUUGCAGCUCACCCAUUGUUCAUCGAGAUAUCAAGUCCAGUAACAUACUCGUCGACUCUGACUUCGAUGCCAAGAUUGCAGACUUUGGACUGGCAAAGAUGCUGGCGAGUCAAGGAGAUCCAGAAACAGCUUCCGCUGUUGUGGGAACUUUUGGUUACAUUGCUCCGGAAUAUGGCAACACAAGAAAAGUGAAUACGAAGAGUGACGUCUACAGCUUUGGUGUAGUGCUCUUGGAAUUGACAACCGGGAGAGAAGCUGUGAGUGCAAAUGAGGAGAUGAACCUGGCACAAUGGGCACACAAACACCAAAGAGAAGGAAACUCAAUUGUAGACGCCCUGGAUGAAGAGAUCAAGGACCCAUGUUAUCUGGAGGCAAUGAUCGCUGUUUUCAAAUUAGGCCUUGCGUGCACUUUGAGUUCCCCUUCAAGCAGGCCGUCCAUGAAAGAUAUUUUGCAGAUUCUUCAAAGAUGCAGCGAAAACAGUCAUCAAGUUGUUGCAACUUUUAGUAGAUUGUUGUCUUGUUGACAUAACAUAGCAUAGCAAAUUAAGUUAUGGCAAGGAGCCAAGAAGGUGGCAGUAAAGGGACUGUACAUAUGGAGAAGGUGAGAUUUAGUGAAGUCAGAAGAAGUUGGAAGCAGAUCAGAGGCAUAUAUGGAGGCACAUACUGGAUACUGAAUGAGGAUUAAGGAACAUCAAAUAUGAGGUUUCUGAUGCAUUUUGCUUUUAGCUUUUAGGCAUCAAAUAGUGAAUCAUCAAUGGCUUUUUUGGUCUUGCUGCAUCUUGACCCUGACUGUGUACUGUGCUGCAUAUUUUAUAGUUUCUUGUUUUUCUUGAACAAUA